CGUUACGAUCAGCUGAUAAUUAGCGGCAACGAGAAAUGGAAUGUCUUAAAUACAAUGCGGCCGAAAGCCCUAUAAAAUGCAUAUUUUAUAGCGAAUUUCACACCACAGCCGGUCCUAAAAUUACAUUUCAAACACCAGAAGAUUAUGUAUCUAAAGAAAUAUUUGAUGCUCUGAGUGUGUAUAUUAUUCCAAAACCUGAAUUACAUGGAAAGUUAAUAACUGUAAAUGCUAUGGGAUACAAAAUUAUUGGAUAUCCAAUUGGAAUAGAUGAUCCUAAGUAUAUGAGGAACUGCUACAUUUUUAAUUUGUGUUUUGUAUGUGAUGCACUGAUGAGAACAGUUCAGUAUGAACCACUUGUUAGGAAAUUAGCCAAUUAUUUAGUUACAUUAGAGUUAGAAUGUAGUUUUUUAUCAAACGAAGAAACAAAAGCACAGCUACCAUCUAUAAUGUCUCAAAUUAGGACUGAAUUGAAUCAAAAUGGUCACUGUUCUGUUCCUAUUAAUGAAGCAAAUACUAUUUAUCUUAAAGUAAUAAGAGUUCAUAAAGAUCCGGUUCCUGUAAGAGAUCACGAUGUCCCAAUAUUUAAUGAAAGUCAAAAAGGUAUUCUGCCAAGUCAAUGGGAUCUUACUACACAACAGUGGGACCUCACUUUAAUGCAGAUUUUGCCUUAUAUUGACGGUUGUCGACACGUUAGUCGAAUUGCAGCAGAAGCUGAUGUAGAAGUCAGUCUUGUGAAAGCUUGUAUUCAAAAUAUGGUGUAUUACGAAGUUGUUUCCCUCAUCCCAAUCUUUCAAUAUUCAAAUGUUUAUACUCCAACUUCAAAAAUAUCCUCUUUAACCAAAGAUAAUCAUCUUCAAGAAAAAUGUAUAAAAUACGUUGCUAAGCAUGGUCAUCAAAAACCUACAUUUAAAGCAAUAUUUGAAUUUUAUUGUGGCUUAAGGCCAGGAAUAACGGUCAAAGAUUUAUGCACUCGAAAUAAUCCACAUUUGAAUGGGAUCGAUGAAAGGAAAUUAAUACAAUUUGGUUUAAUGCAUGGAUUAAUAAGAAGAUUACAAAAAUAUCCAGUCUUAUUGUCAGCUGACUCAAUGGCUACUAAUAAAAAUUCUUUGAUAAAGCAUUUUACUGGGAGUCAGAGUUAUGAUGAAAUAUGUAGCAAAACAGGUAAGUUUCUCACUUUUUCCUUUAAAAAGCUAUGUUAUUUUUCAAAAAGAAAUUUGAAAAGUUAAUUUUCGAAAAGAAAAACAACUUCUAUCUUUCAUUUGCAACAAUAGAAACAGUUAUUUGUAUUUAGAUUACAUAUACAGUCAUACCCCGACUUACGCGAUUUUCAAAUCUCGUCGAUUCAUCUUUUAUUUCAGCGCCACGCAACUCUUGAUUAUUCACUCCCCCCACACUAUUGUUCAGCUUAAUGUUCGGACAUGUCGCGCAGAAUCGACGCAAAGCUACAAUUUAUUUUGUGUAAUUUAUUUCUGUUUGUUAUAUCUACGGAGACUCAAGAGACUCUAUGCGGUAAUUUCUUGUAACCGUGAACGAACCAAAAGGCGAGAUAAGAUUAACGAGAACAUUUAUUAGCUUACAUACAUCCGACUUGGAUUUUACACAAAAGGCAUCUGCAAUCAUGAACAAUUGACAAAAAAGUAUACAUUUAUCAGAUAAUAAACAAAGACUCAUUUUGUAAACAAUUUACCUUUUGUAUAUACAACUGACAAGAUUACCUUUCAAAUUAUAAACAGACUCGAUCCCAAGCGGUCUUUUGAUCGUCGGACAUACAAAAGAAAUGAAUAGAUGGCGCCUAACUUAAGCGCGGUUUACAAUAACGAAUAUGAUUAAUCUUAACACUCUACUAUGUCAUCCAA